CUCAAGCGUAAAGAAUUUAAGGUUUAUUAAUAAUAACGAUGGUUUUAUUAAUAGUUAUGGUGUACCUUAUGAUAAGCGGAAGCUGUGGUGCGGACAUGUUUGAUAGCUUGAACGAAGCGCAAGUCAAUGGGGGUAAGGCAAUGGCCUGUGUGUCGGAUACUUAUGAGAACACGCUCCGUUCAUGCCAAGGUGUCAUAUGGCGGCAGUCUUCGCUUCUCGUGCGGGCCUCCUGCCUCAAAUAUGCACGAGAUCCAUAUGUACAGAAGGGGAUAACUAAUUGCACUCGUAGCAAUUCAACCACCACCAUCUUUACAGAGGAAUACUGUGAUGAUGAUAUGUGCAUCCGACACGUAAUAGCGAUUUACAUGCAUCCGCGAUUCCCUACGAUCGACUUGGCCAUACUCCGUCUUGAUGCUCCCUACUCUUCCGAAACACAUGCUCUUAAUGGUGACUUGGAACAAAAACUGAACGAAUGGGAGACAUUCAUAGUGGACUACUAUACUACAGCCACCGCCACCGGGGGUACCAUCCAAAUAAGACAUAAUCAAAUGUAUACUACCCCCGUGAAAAUGAUCCUUAUAACAGUUAUACUCCCCACUGCCUCAUUCGUUUUAUUCUUUUUAUACGUUAUAUUCUAUACAGGUUCCUCUGACAAAAACGUGGAUAAGGACAUACAAUACACAAGCCUAACUAACGAGGAAUUUCAAUCUAAAAUGAUUUAG